AUGGGUUCGCCAUUAGAGCACUGGCUCGUUGCUCACCGCCGCAAGGAAGCCACCAGGGCCAACUCGGGAACAAAUGCAGACCCUCCCAUAGCCAACAAUCCCGUUCCAGGCCGAAUAUGGACGAAAGAAUCCCUAGCAAAGAUUUGGGGAUACUCGUCGUUGAAGGAUAUGUGUGGCAGGGCGAACGAGACUCCCUGGUACAACGCCGAAACAGGAAUGAAUGAAGAGGUUGACGAAUCGUCCGAGAGAACAUUGACCAAACCAGAGGGAUACAAUCCAUUUAAAUUUCGUCUUGGCCCUUCAUUGGUACCAGGCCUACCGCCAGGAUGGUUUGCAGCUUACCGUGCAAUCGAACAAGGACUAGGUCAAGGGAGCGACGAAGACGCAAUAGCAUUACUCGCAUCACUACCACCUCGACCUCCGCCCCAGCCCUUGCCCCCGCUCCGGGUUCCGCGAUCGUCACUUUACAUCGAGAACCAGAUCCUAAUCUUGCAUCAAGACCUCGAUUCCCUGUUCGAACACUACUUGACCAAAUAUGUUUCUGCGUCUUGCGAGAAUGAAGCAUUUAAGUUGCUCCAUGCCGAAAUGGAUGUGCUCAUGGCUCACCACGAAGUCAAUUUAGCUCACUCCGAUAGCGACAGCACGCUCCUAGACCUCUACGCUGGUUUUUCUGAAAGGAUUCAGCAGAGCAUCAUCUAUUGCGCAUACAUUGCCUGGGACCAAGAGCAAUUCCCAAGCCGACCGCGCGCCGGUAAUCCCUGGGGCUACCUGCUCCCCAAGACAUACAUGGCAAAAGCCCUGAGUCGCCAGAGAAUUUCUUCGGAGAUGUUGGUGGUAUUUCAGAAUAAGCAGAGUUUGCUGAGAGAGCUGAGGACAGUGACUUGGGGUCGUAGGGCCUACUUGGACAGGUUGGAGCAACUCUCCGACGCUGACGCCAGGACACUGUGGAUGCUCCAUCCAACUUUCACUCACAGCAAGACCGUACCACUGCACGCCCUGGUAGGAAACCUUCAAAGGCUGUAUUUGCAGAUGGGCGAUAGACGGCUUUUGAGGAGCUAUUGGGCGAAAUGA